AUGGACCAAAAAGAGCAGCACCACUUCCGGUCACGAAGCAAAAAGGCUCUAUCGACCGCAAUGCUUGUGUACAACGUGUUGUAUAUCGGAGGCGCCAUCACAUUCACAAAAACAAAGCAAUCAAACUAUGCGCUAAAAGUCCUUAUUGGCAAAGAAGUUUUAAUUGAUAACGUUAUUUACAACGAAGAAUCAAUGUCUGAGAUAUCAGACUCCUUCUGUCAGAAGACUCGAUCAAUCAUUUUGGAAUAUAAAAUGAACCGAGUCCGUGAAAUUGACAUCGACAAAACGUGUUACACAAAGGCACUCAAUAAAAAAGCGGAAACAAAGGACGCAACACCAAAAACACUCAUCACAAUAUGUCGAAAUCGUGAAGCUGCGUUUUCCAACUUUUUGGCACACAUUCUUAUCGAACAUAAUUUCGUCCUUCACAUCACGAUAAAAACGAUUAAAGACUCGACUAACGUCCAACCAUUUUACGUGUGGGACGUCGUAACAGAUAGUUUUGGUAAAUCAGUUUCGCUUGAGAAUGACGAAAAUAUAUUUUCAUCAAUGGUCCAGAAAAUCAUUUCAAAAGUUCACUCAAAGCGAAGACUUACUGCAAAUGACAUCUUCGGCCCGCUCACACCAAGCGCAUUUGUUCCUUCGGACACGUCUACGUUCGAAGUUAUAGUCGACAGCCGUGGAAACCACGACUUCAACACCCCAUUCUUGUAA